AUGCUUCUGCCCACACCUGCCUCCGUUCACACCUGUCGCGCCCACACCUGUUUCCACCCACGCCUGCAUCCGUACACACCUGUCAUGCCCACUCCUAUAGCCGCCCACACCUGCCUCCGUCGACACCGGUUGGAACCUCCAGGACAAGUGUUGGAGCCUCCAGGACAAGUGUUGGAGCCUCCAGGACAAGAGAAGGCAGCAGACGCAGAAAUACUGGAGGAGGCAGCAGACGCAGAAAUACUGAAGGAGGCAGCAGACGCAGAAAUACUGGAGGAGACAGCAGACGCAGAAAUACUGAAGGAGGCAGCAGACGCAGAAAUACUGGAGGAGGCAGCAGACGCAGAAAUGCUGAAGGAGGGAGCAGACGCAGAAAUACUGGAGGAGGGAGCAGACGCAGAAAUACUGGAGGAGGCAGCAGACACACAAAUACUGGAGGAGGCAGCAGACGCAGAAAUACUGGAGGCAGCAGACGCACAAAUACUGGAGGAGACAGCAAACCCAGUUAUACUGGAGGAGACAAUAUUGCCAGAGUCGUCCCUCCCAACCCAGUACCUCCGCUCUUAUUUCCUCACACCUGUUCCAACACCUGCGAUCAACGGGUUCGCUUCCAGCGGGUUUGGUCAACGGGUUCGGUUAAAGAUACCGGUCAACUUCUUUGGCCGAAAGGUGACUCUGCAAGUAUGUAAGAUUCGCGUUCUCUAUGUAGAACCGACAGUGACAGCGGAGUCUCUGAUUGGUGGCAAUGCUCUCCUGCCCUGUGACGUCACGCCCCCUACCCCAGGCGACUACCCAAUCUUGGUUCUCCUUUACAAUGGGGCGACUGGCAUGCCCAUUUACAGCAUUGACGCACGCUCGGGACCACUGCUGCGGUCUGCGCACUGGUCUGACCUGGGGGGCCGAGCGCACUUUCGCAUGACCUCCUCAGCCUCCGCCCCGUCCGGUCUGCUGCUGAAUCAGGUCACUGCCGCAGACCAAGGCCUCUACCGCUGCAGAGUGGACUUCGUAGCUUCUCCCACUAGGAACCUGGGCGUGUACCUGCGUGUCGUAGAAUCACCUACUCACCUGAGCAUCCUGGACGGGUCGGGGCGGCGAGCAGAAGGCUUGAUAGGUCCCUAUCCGUUAGGUGACUCCCUCUCCCUCACCUGCCAGGUCACAGGAGGUGAAGAGGACACCUGGCUCAGGGUGUUGCAGGAGGGCAACGUGAGCAGGUCGACGCUGCACCUCACCCCUAGCAGGAGGGAGGACGGAGCCAUCAUCUCCUGCAGAGCUGAGAAUCCUUUGGUGCUGGCAGCCUCCGCUCUGGAGGACUCCCGCAGGAUCAGCGUUUACUACUCUCCCCGGCUGCGCCUCCGCCCGGGUAGAAACAUGGACAUGAACAAGAUAAGAGAAGGAGACGAUGUUUACUUCGACUGUCACAUCGAAGCCAAUCCUCGUUCCCUCGACGUCCUGUGGUUCCUUAAUGGAGAGGAGCUCCAGCAGAACGUGUCUGCAGGAGUCAUUCAGAGUAACCAGAGUCUUGUCCUUCAAGGUGUUACUCGACGCUCAACUGGCCUCUACAGCUGCUCCGCCUCCAAUCUCCAGGGCUCUGCAACCUCCAAUAACCUUAAGCUUAGUGUCAAGUUUUCUCCUGUGUGCUCGCUUGGCCAGAAGUGGGUGUACGGGGGCAGCCGUCAACAGGCUGUCAACGUCAGCUGUCAGGUGGAGUCCUACCCGGAGGCUCGCAGUUUCCGCUGGGCCUUCAACACCUCUACGGAUUACGUGGAGAUCCCUGACGAGUUGAUUGAGGUGUGGGGAGGCGGGAGCAUGGUCACCUAUACGCCACAGACACAUCACGACUUCGGCUCCCUGCUGUGCUGGGGACGCAACGAAGUAGACGCCCAGCGUGUGCCCUGUGUCUUCCACGUCGUCCCAGCAGGUGUUCCCGAACCCGUGAACAACUGCAGUGCUUGGCACAACGUCAGCGCCGCCGGCCAAGUAGUGGUGGCCUGCCUGGCCGGCUGGGGCGGCGGACUCGCCCAGACCUUCACACUUGAGGUUCGCCAGGGACCCUCGAGCUCUCAGGGGGUCGAGGACCCGUCCUCUUCUGCCCCAGGGACGGUCCUGGCUGCCCUGAGGCACCAACCUGAGCCUCACUUCACCGUGAUGGGUCUCACUCCUGGGAAGGAGUAUUACCUGGCGGUGAUAGCAUCGAACUCACAGGGAUCAGCGCCCCCGACCGUCCUGGUCCACCUGACCCCCAUCGACGUCGCAGAGAAGCGUACUAGCGCAGUCGUGGCUGAGGCGUCCUCUGGGGGCGAGCUGGAGAAAGUCAUGCCAGUUAUGGGCGUGGUGUUGGGCGUCUUAACGGGCGUAUUACUAUGUGGAGUGGCUCUCGUGGUGGGCGUGCGUGCUCGAGCCUGGCACGCGAGAGCUCACGCCCACGCCCUCACCAGAAUCGUGUACAACGAAGCCUCUAAGGCUGGAGACGACGGAGGUUUUAAACAACAGCAACAGCAAACAAGACCUGACAUUAUCCUGGUGAAGGAAGGAGUCAGCGACGGUGAGAGAGAGGAAGAGGGAGAGAAAGAAAAGGAGCUGGUGGUGGGGGUGAGGGAGAAGGAGGGAGAAGGUAGAGAGGACCAUCUCCACCACAACUAUGGUCCUCACCUUCACUGUGGAAUGCUGACGAUGCAGGAAGAGUCGAGCACUCUCCCGCGGGGCGCCACCAUCAGCAACUCAAGCAGUAAGGAUCCACCUGCUGGAGUACAGCAAACCAACGUCGGGGCUUCCUCCUCCAGCGUUGGGGCCUCCUCCUCCAGUGCUGGCGGCUUCUCCUCCAGCGCUGGCGGCUCCUCCACCAACGCUGGUGACUCUUCUUCCAGCGUUGGUGGCCCCUCCUCCAGUUCUGGUGAUCCCUCCCCUAGCACCUGUUACGGCGUCCAGGGUCACCAUCCCGAGAAAGAUGCCUCUCUAGAGGGGUGUUCGAGUACCCAGGGUAGAACUGACCGGCUCUCCCUUGCCCCUGGUGGUACCAGGACACAACUGGUUACCUGUGGGUCAAGAAGCACUCAGGAGAGCUCUGUCUAGUGCGUGUACUCACCUAUUUGUGGUUGCAGGAGUCGAGUCUUAGCUCCUAGCGUGUGUGUGUGUGUGUGUGUGUGUGUGUGUAAACGCCUAAUAUACCUUCCGGUUAACGGAAGGGCAAGUGUGCAUGUAACUUUAAGUAUGUAAAUGUGUGUGUGUUCAUAUGCACGUAUAACAAUACUCUAUACAUACGCCUGAGUAUCUCUGCGAAUAAGCUCCUGUAUACACCUACAUAUUCUUCUACAUAAAUGAUUAGAUUGUCUGCCAAUACGCUACACCUGCAGAUGUGCUCACGUCUCAAGGACAGAGAAACUGCAUGCCCCCAAUACCAGACCGAACUAUGAUACCUCAGGGCAAGAGAUGCACGUAAUGUAUAUCUCUAUAAGAGACUAGGCUACGAGGACACUCAUUCUAUGGAUACUGUGAGACCGCGAGACCAUAAAACAUUCAUGCUUCCCCAGACCUCUCUUCCUAAAACACUAGUUCCCUGUUCACGAGAGAAGAAAUAAAUCGUCUACUAAAUCUGAGUUUGAUCUAUUAAUGUGAGUGGUGAUGGAUUCGAACGCCGACACUCUGUUAAACAGGCAGACAGAAGAGUAUUCGGAUAGAUCUGGUCGGAGACGUGGAUUGUAAGUUGAAAAGUAGGUAGGAGGAAAGAGCAUUUUUCUUUAAAACGAUAUUAGAUGUUUGGAAACCAGACAAACGAGUCGAUAAAAAGAGGAUUUUUGGAGUUAUUAACUGUGACAUUAAGUGCCCACAACAAUACCCAGCUGCGAGCAGUGAAGAAAGAACUUCUUGAAGGACGGAGGUAAACUAGAGAGGGUGCUGAGAACGCAAGGAAGAACUCAAAGCAGUGAGUCUUCCCUUGUUGAGGAAACAGAGAUGGUGAAGCGUCAUUUCAACCUUCAACAUGGAUGAGACUCCUCGAACACAGAGAACUGUUUGAAGUGUAAAGUAACUCGGUAACACAAAACAACGACACGGAACAAUGAAACACUCUUCCCUUUGACGUUGCAAGCGGAAAAUCAAUACUGUCCUUUAAUAACUGGUUGGACAAACGUUUUGCAAACAUCAUGCGACACAGCGGCUGGUUGUGAGCACCGGAACCAUAUUACUUCAUGGACUAUCGUGGAUGACCGUGUUGACUAUUAACUACUCAGACCUAGUAGUAGUAGUUGUUGUUGUAUAAAUUACAGUAGCGAUAGUAACAGCAGCUGCAGGAGUUUUAAAAGAAGCAGUGGAUAUCCAGUCUCCGCUUGCACCUUAUUUUUACAUAAUAACCAUGCACGUUAAAUAUGCGACAUGGUAGAUCUCUUUAUAGCACUAUGUGUUCUCUCUCUCUCUCUCUCUCUCUCUCUCUCUCUCUCUCUCUCUCUCUCUCUCUCUCUCUCUCUCUCUCUCUCUCUCUCUCUCUCUCUCUCUCUCUCUCUCUCUCUCUCACUCCUUCCCUUUCAAACUCAUUUUUUCUCAGGUUCAAGAAAAAAGCUCCUCAAUAAACUAAUUAAAACUCGUCACGUCAGGUUUUUCGACUUACUGGCAAUUUCGACAUCCCAAAUCUUAUUUUUUUUUUAGUAAAACAGUCACUUCAUUGUCAUCUGCUCCGAGAUUUAAGAUUUUAAUUUCACCCAUAUUACAUUUAUAUGAAGAAAAUUA